AUGCCGUUCUCGAAGGGUACCAAGCGUGGUGCCCCACGCGACUCGCGUAGCGACUCCGAGAACGAGGUCAUCACCAAACCCACCAAGAAGAGCAAGACCUCCAAGACUGAAGGCAGCUCGAGCGGUGUCGACAAGGAGGGUAAUCCCUACUGGGACCUCUCCAACAAGCGCCGCGUCGGCGUCUCGCAGUUCAAGAACAACACUUUUAUCAAUAUCCGCGAGUUCUACGAAAAGGAUGGUGACAUGCUGCCUGGCAAGAAAGGGAUCUCCCUCAACAUAGCCCAGUACGAGGCCCUGGUCAAGGCCAUCCCAGCUAUCAGCGAGAAGCUCCGCGCCAUGGGCCACGAUGUCGAGGAUGUCGAGGAGGACGGCGGCGCGCCCACCGCAGUCGAGUCUCAGAAGAAGCCAACCAAGGAGAAGUCAAAGGUCAAGAAGUCCAACAUUGAGGCUACCAGUGACGAGGGGUCGGAGUAG